UGCAUGACCGACAUGGUAGGGUUCACAAUGGGUAGGCGACAAACUCAUCGUGUUAUAUAUCUAGGCCCAAAUCUUGACUUGUUGUGCCUCCCAGAAGGCGGGAUUCCAUGUCAUUCUGCGCCAGUUCCUGGGUUGUGGCUGCCGACGAAUGAGGACCUUGUUGGGCACCCUAACGGUCCAAAGCACUUAUCAUGACUGGUAGGGGCCGUCAAGGUCCCCAAUUCGUCCCAUGUGCCAAUCGUCAUGGACGACCUUCAGAGCAGACCCCUGCAACUACUUCCUCGCUCAUCUUCACCUCCAGUUUCCUCUCCGACUUCAGGUCCCUUCUUCUUGCUCUUCACCGGAUCUUAUAUAUUCACCAGCGGCCAGACCUGGGGAACUCAACAUGAUUGACUUUUAGCUUCCUCACGGCACAUUCACUUGGAUACACCCCACCUUGGACAUACUUCACUAGGAUAUCUUAAACCUAGGUGCCACCCCGUGCUUUAUUCCAUUCGUUUGCUCUCUCGCCAUUUAUAACACCCCCUUGAGUUCAACUGGCAUUAAGUCCACCCUUUCCUUCAGCAGCCUGCGACCUUUCUGGAAUCAUCAAAGCCAGAAAAGCCUCGGAACUACGCAUACUUCUCCCAACGAAGUCGAAAGGGUAUCACAGCGACACGAUGCCCGCCCUAAACGACGACGUUCUUCUCCGCGUUGCGAGUUUCUGCGACAUCGAAACCAUUGUCACCUUGAUGUGCACCAGCAAGCACGUCUACGAGCUUGUGACUCGGUACGAACAAUCCAUCGUCAAGGACGCUGUUGCGUUGUACACUGGCUACGACUCCUCUCUGUUCCCCCCUUCAGGCGCAAUCAGCUCCUCGCACAACGUUGAGCGCGAGUAUCUUUAUCCAAAGAGAUUCGAUAUCCUCAACGAGCUCAAGAUCCGCACUUCCCGCACGGAGAUUAUCCUGAGCCCAGGCCAGCCCCUGAGGAGCAAGAUCGAUUCCAUCUUUUCGACGUCCGGAGCAUUUCUCGAUCUUCCUCAAAUCGAACGCGAGCUGCUGAUGGCCCGACUCAAAGAGACCUUCAAGGUGGUCGACAGGCUGGGAGAUUGCGCGGCAGACGUCAUGUCGAUGUGGAUGCUGCCGGCCGUCAACGGCAACUCUAACCAGAAGCUUGAUGGCGAUGAGGCCAUGCUGAAGAUUCAUGAUCGCCAGUUGGCGUAUGUUCGCUCCCUAUCACCACUCGACUUGGCCUAUCUUUUUCAUCUCGUCUCCUGGGCUGGCCAGGCCUAUGCCUCCGAAAACUCCGCCCUGAUGGCCGAUGUUGAUUGCUGGGAACGUCUCCUGGCUUUCAAGGAAGCUUGUCUUCGCCAUGGCACAAUCAUGCUCUGGGCUGUCUUCCAGCCGCCGAAGGUCAAGAAGACGGUCGACCGCACUGAUGAUACCACCCAUCGCAAGCCCAAGAAUGAGCUUGCUCGCUUUGCAGAGACCUGCAUCCGUCAGAUCCUGGAGGAAAUUCGCAUCUACCAGUCCACGGAUUCAAGCCAGAAUCGCCUACCGCCUAGCUUACACAUGACAAUGGUUAAGAGUUUUGUCGAGAAGACUGGACGUCCGAGCACUCGGCAUGCCAUUGAGAUGGAGCGCCUCAUUCUGGAUCAUAUCCGGAUCGACUAGGGCCCGAUAAUGCAGGCGCUUAUUCUCAAAGACAUUCGGGAUAGCCUCUACUAAGACAGAGUUGGGGGAUAGGAGCUAGGGAGUUUGGAGUCCAUCUUGUUUAGGGCGGUAUGCUUUGGCUAAUGCCCACAUUCACAAGCCAUCAUGAUUACCGGUUUUGCCGGUAUUAUUAUUCUUUUGCUUUGGUCUCUUGGCCCUUCGCCAUCUUGCUUUUGCUUAACAGGCAAAAGACAGCAGAUGGAUGGCAAUGAUGAAUGAUGGGCAUAGCGAGGGAAGGUGUUCGGGCGUAAGCAUUUACGUAGAGGGAUAACUGCAUGCGCAGGUGGGCGCCGUUAGGAGUUUGGACAUGUUGCGAUUAAUGUAUGUUUGAGGACAGGAGCCGAGACGGCGCAAAAAGUUAUUUGACGCCCAUUUCAUUGAGCAGAACGGUCAGCAUAAGGGGUUCAGCGUAAAAGAGAAGGACGUUUACUCAGCUGAUUCAUAUCAAGCGGGGCUGGUCUGGUUGGAUCUGAAGGCUAGAAGGCCUUGUCAAAAGAACACGGAUAUAACCUAGUAAGUAUAGCUUACUUCUAAUUAAACCUGCAAUCACC